AUGAUCGGGUGGGCAAAAUCGAUUGUGAGGUUGACGCCGAAUGGGUGGAAAGUCCCCCGGAAGUGGUUGCCACCCCCCGCAGAGCAGCGGAGGCUGUUCGGGUCAAGUACCCCACCCGAUGAGCUGACCAGAAAAAUCAUACUGGAAAGUAACUACAGACACAUAAAAGAAAUGAAGAGCCAGGAAUUGAGAGUACUCUCAGAGAACUGCAGUAACAAAAGAAUACAAGACGUCGUUUUGUGGAGUGAGAUAUCGCGACAUGCUAUUGACAGAUGUGAUGAGUUUAAAUAUUUCGACGCACUGUUGCUGCUGAGCUCGUUUGAAAAAAUGAACCUGGCAGAUGAUAACUUAUACAAAACAUUUGCUCAUGUCUUUGUAAAGCAAAUAAAUCAUAUGGAGCCCAGACACUUCAUCCUCCUAAUUAAUUUAUACUGCAAAGCGAAUUUAUUUCCACGGGUAUUAUUUGUUCAAGUUUUUCAUGCCAUUGUUAGAUACUGUUGGAAAUUUUAUCCACAGGAGUAUGUAGAUUUGCUGGUCUGUUUUGCAAGCUUAAAUAUUUCCAAUGUGGACCUCAUGAGGACUUUAUGUAAAUCCAUGGUAAAAAAUGUAAACUUGUUCGACUAUAGCAACCUGUGUUGCAUUGUGGGGUGUCUGCGACGAUUGGAUGUUCAUGACGAUGUCAUUUAUUACGUCCUCGAUGAGAAACAGCAGAAGGAAUUAAAAUUAUUAACCACACAGGAGCUGUUCGAUCUUAUGAAAAAAGUGAAGCUACUUAAAUACAGUUGGGAGGUAUAUGAAAAAGAUUUACUUGAUGAAUUUUUGAAGCGUAUUGAUAAUUUCCAGGGUGAUAAGGAUGUUAAUCAGUUGGAAGAUCCCUUCGUUUGUUUAAAUUUCCUCGUUUCCAAACAGUACGUAAAAAAUAACUUUCUUAUUGCACUUAGCAAAUGGUGUGCAUCACAUGUGUAUGAGUAUCCUUCAAGGUCUGCUAAGAGACCCCUGGCUUACCAACUCAUUAUGCUAUACCAACUCAUGCAAGAACAUGAUGUUAAAAAUUAUACCUUUAUUGAGAAGGCCAUUCAUAGGUUUGUAAUUAGUCGGGGGGGGUUGGCUGUCAACCGGGACAAAAUGACCAAGCCAGUCUCUUACCAGAAGGGGCGCAAGUAUAUCUUCACUCGGGACCCCCUCGAGGGUGCUGGCGCGGCGGAAGUGGACACGUCAAGCGAUCGACUCGUAGACCAACCCAAUGGUGAGGAUUCCUACCUAGACGAGGGCAUGUCGUACGGGGUCAGCGAAGAAGAUGGGUAUACCGCUCCACAGCGUUACUCCGACGUGCAGGAGUCGAGUUCUGUGACGGAGAAGCAGCGGUCCAUCAAUUUGAGCCUGGGGGAAGGCACCCAGCGCAAGAAACCCUCUGUGCAUUCGCACGGAAGGCACUUCAAUUUUAAGUUGCGGCAGCGGCCGAAGCGCGUGAAAAAUGGGGCCGUCCCGGUUGAUACGUGA